AUGUUUGAUGGUUUCUCUUUUGCAGUCCCGAUGUCGCACGUCGUGGCGUUGGUCGGAGACCCCACCUAUCUUCCCUGCGACAUAUCAACGACCCACGAGGGCGACUCGGUGCACCUCGUGCUCUGGUAUCGCGAGGACCUGGGGACGUCGGUGUACAGCGUCGACGUGAGAGACCGAGACUUCGGCAUCGCGGAAAGAUGGUCGGACGACACGGUCUUUUCGAAUCGGGCUUAUUUCAUGCCCGACAAGAAGCCUGCCGAGCUCGGCGUCGACCACAUCAAGGAAGAGGACGCCGGCAUCUAUCGCUGUCGCGUCGACUUCCAAAUUGGACAGACGCGCAAUUCCAAAGUCAAUUUGACGGUUAUAGUUCCGCCGCACAAAAUUGCGAUUUUCGACGAGAACGAAGUUACCAGGAGCUCGACGGUGGGUCCGUACGUGGAGGGCGACAUCCUGAAGCUUUACUGCGACGUUUAUGGCGGUAAACCACCACCCAUGGUCUCUUGGUACCGCAACGACAAGUUCGUCAGCAAACGCGCCGUGGAAUCGCGCAAGGGCGUGAUGCGCAGUACAAUUGUUAUUAAAAAUUUGGGACGUGACGAUGUGCAAUCGGAGCUGACGUGCAACGCCACGAAUAACAAUAGGUCCAUACCGCUGUCCUCCUCGGUGCGCGUGGAUAUGAAUCUCAGCCCCCUGGAGGUGAAUAUAAUCGGCGCAAAUCAGCCGCUGUCCGCCGGGAAGCGAUACGAUCUUCUGUGCACGACUUCCGGUUCCCGGCCGCCAGCGGUGGUCACUUGGUCGCAAAACGGCCAACGUCUGGACGGCUCGAAAGAGACGAUAUCAAGCGACGGUAAUACCACUACGAGCGUUUUAUCAUUCAUGGCGACCAAGGCGGACGCCGGGAGACAUUUAUCGUGUCGCGCCGAGAAUCCGAUCAUGGGCACGGGUCCUCUCGAGGACGGCUGGAUAUUAGAGAUUCAAUACGUGCCGGAAACGCGGAUCCAGCUGGGCACGUCGCUGAACCCAAACGCGAUACGCGAAGGAACCGACGUCUAUUUCGACUGUCUGAUCCGUGCCGAACCCCCGGUUUACAAGGUUGAAUGGCGCCAUCAGAGAAAAACGCUACAUCACAAUAUAGCUCAGGGCAUCAUUAUCAGCAAUCAAAGCCUAGUGCUGCAGGGCGUCGUAAGGAAAAGUGCCGGCAAUUACACCUGCGUCGGGUACAACAGCGAAGGUGACGGCGAAAGCUCCCCGUUUUACUUGAACGUAAUGUUUGCUCCAACUUGUAAGCCGAAUCAGACGAGGGUGCACGGCGUGGCCAAGCAGGAGAAGGCCAACAUAUCCUGUCAGGUGGAUGCAAAUCCUCCCGAGGUUGAAUUCCGGUGGACUUUCAACAAUUCCGCGGAAAGCAUCGACGUCGCUUCCGGACACAUCGCGCGAGUGGGAACAUCCUCUGUGGUGUCUUACACUCCGAUGACCGAACUCGAUUACGGGACUCUCCUUUGUUGGGCAACCAAUCGCAUCGGUCAUCAGCGAGUUCCUUGUGUAUACCACAUCAUCCCUGCAGGUCGUCCCGACAUGGUGCACAAUUGCACGACCUCGAACACCUCAACGAACUCGUUUUCCGUGCAAUGCUCCGAAGGCUUCAAUGGAGGAUUACAGCAAUCCUUUCUCCUGGAAGUCAGAGAGAGCAACACCCAGGAUUUGAAAGCAAAUUUGACAUCGCCGGUGCCGCGGUUCAACGUGGUUCAUCUGGAAUCUGGUGCACUUUAUCAGGCGUGCAUCUAUGCGUACAAUGAUAAGGGCAGAAGCGAGGCCAUGGUGGUCCAGGCAGGAACAUGGAGGCUGCCCGAAAAGCAGUUGACGUCAGAAUCAGGUGACGAACCGUCGGAAUACCUCAGAAAGAGGCGUCUGGUCUCGACAAUAGAGACAUCCCCAUCGAGAAGUCUGUUGGAACAUCCAACAGUUACCACAGUUAGUGGUCAUGGCAGUUACGUCGGUUAUUGCACCAUUCGUAAUGGCAUGCCCCUUCGAGAGCUCUCAAACUUGUCGUCGAAACACAAAAACUUUCAGCCAAUGGUGAGCCAGGUGUACGAGAGCGGCAUGUGCACCCUGCCCAGGCAGAAUUGGUCGAAUCAAAGUGUUCAGUCGAUGACGAUGAGUAUGAACAUGAGUCCGCCGGUGUUGUACGCCGGCUUGGGUGUAGAGAGCAGGACUUGCCCCGGUGGUUCCAUGUUGCCGAAGGAAGUGGAGGCCAGAGGUCCUGGCCAGUGUUGCAUCCAGUCUCAGAAGGAAGUCGCAACGGGGACGCCUUUGGUGACGACGAAACGCGAGAGCUCGGUGUGACGCCAAACCCGGGAGCGCGCCUCGAGGCGCACCGACAAGUCUAAGAGAUGUUAAUUUCACGAUAGCCCUACCAAGGCGAGCCUCUCGUUUCCGUUUUAGCGAAUGAUUUCAGACCCAAGACAGCAGAUUACGUCUCUAUAUGUUCAAUCAAGUGCCCUUUUAUAUUGAAGGAGACUUUGAAGCUACACUUAAUGUAUAUGUAAAUGUGAACAAUCUACGUAUAAACUGUGUGCACGUGUACAAGUGGACCCUGCGUGUGUACUGUAAAUAUCCCUGGAUAUGAGAAUAUUUUAUACAGAUCAGCUAUAGAAUAAUAUAUAAUAUAUAUAUAUACAUAUACGCAUACCACUCAUCCCACUUUUACUACAUAUUGUAAAAUUCGUAGUCGACGUAAGGACGCGGUAUUUGAAUGUAUAUGUAUAUACAUACGUGGGAGUGUUUGUGUAUAUACGCGUGUAAUGACCAGAUUAUAAAAGGUACACCGAUCGAAUACGUUGUUGCGGAGGUUAAAUUAAAU